AGAAAGAGCUCGUACGACAGAGGGUGGAGGAAAAAAAAAAAUCAGAGGGACUUCUCCUGUUUACAACAACAUAAUGGAGCCAAAACGGUCAAACAACAUCUGCAAGCGUGCUUUACUGACUGGAUUUACGUUAUUUAUUGUACUAGUCACAAAGUCAACACAAGCGAUCGACAUCUACGCCGACUCGGAGGUGAUCCUGCAGAACGGCACGGCGGGAACCCUUCGAUGCACCUUCAAGUCGAGUGAAGUCGUCAGCCACACCACCGUCGUGACCUGGAGCUUCCAGUCCAGUCAGCUCGACAAUAAGUUCUCCAAAGCUGCGCAUACGAUUUUCUACUUGUCAAAUGGUAAAGAAUACCCAGGUCUAGCAGAGUUCAAAGACAGGGUGCAGUUUAUCGGAGACAUAAAUAAGAGGGACGUCUCGAUACAGCUGAGUCCGGCUCAGUUCAGCGACAACGGCACCUUCUUCUGCGACGUGAAGAACCCACCUGACGUGAUGGGAACACCUGCUCGAAUGGAGCUCAGGGUCGUCCUGAAAGAAUCUCUUCCUGCCAGCAACACAGCCAUUAUAGUCGGAGCAGUUUGUGGUGCUUUAUUUCUGCUCGUCCUCGUCGCUGUAGCUGCUUGUAUCGUGAUGAGGGUGCUUCACAGCCGUCAUGAAUAUGAAGGAUGCACGUCCUUGGAAAGCGUGAGCUCUCAGGCUCCGCAGCAACGAAAGAAGGUGGAGUCCAGCCUGGAGGGCUCCAGGUGUACCAGUCCCUCGGGUCCACUACAGGGCCCGGUGAUAUACGCCCAGUUGGAUCACUCAGGCAGCAAAAACUCGUUCCAUAAGAUGGAGCCUGUGGUCUACGCUGACAUCCGUAAAAACUGAAGAGGGACCGGGGACCAAAAAGAAAAAUAUACAAAACCACAGUAAAGUAUCAGACCUCUCUAUCAGCUGCUCUUGGGAAGGGGUGGGCAUAUCUCAACAGGGACAGAAAAUCGGUGCAGUCUCCAUCUUAUUUUGAAAUUCUUUUGUCCUCUGAAAGCAUGUUACUGUUAUAUGAAAAAAAAAAGUGACGUCUCCAUGUGCUUUAUUGUUACGACUAAAAAAAAGAGCAAAGAAACACUCCAGUGGACUGUACAGUACUCCAUCACAUCAGCCUUGAAAUCUUUCUCUGACAAGCAAAUAAAAAAAAUGCCUUCAUAGAAAUCAUUCCACAUGUUAAAAUACUUCUUUAAACUUUUUUUAUUUUGUGCCUGAAAGAACUUCACACGGCUGUUGCACCGGCUCUAAAUGAUUCAACUAUUUUCUGCUUCAUGUUUAACUUUGUAGGACACUAAACUUUGUUUCAACACUACUUAAGACGUCUCUAAAUAGCGAUGGGAAACUAAACUGAGUAUAAGAAGUGGACGUAGUCUCUGGGUCUGACAAGUUGAAAUACAGCCAUCACAGAAAAAAAAGCCAAUAAAAGACGUGCCUUAAACCUGCGUUUUCUCAAUCAGGCAGCAGGGGGCGACUCCACUGGUUGCAAAAUAAGUCAUAUUAGAUGUCGACAAGAAAAUGACUUUGUCUUGUUUGAUUUUUUACUCGAAUCAUUUUCCUGAUAAGUCUAUUUUUUU